UUGUAUUACAAUUCUUUCCUAUUUCAUUUCUGAUUUUUUGGUUGCUGAGUUAAUUUUAGAAAUCCACUUAGAUUUAUAAAGUUUGAAUAGUCAUGGCUCUUCGAAAAGGUAUUUUCAUUGUUUCUGCAAAAAGAACUCCGUUUGGAGCAUUUGGAGGUGCUUUGAAGGGUCACACAGCCAAUGACCUUCAGGAAAUCGCCAACAAAGCAACUUUGGAGUCAGCUAACUUAUCCCCUGAAAAUGUGGAUUCUGUUUUUGUAGGAAAUGUUAUGCAAAGUUCAGCAGAUGCGGCUUACAUUGCAAGACAUGCAGCACUGCGUGUUGGUAUUCCUGUUCAUGUACCAGCCCUUACUGUUAAUCGGUUAUGCGGGUCAGGCUUCCAGAGCGUUAUAUCAGGAGCUCAGGAACUGGAAUUGGGCGUUGGAUCAGUUUCUCUGUGUGGUGGGUCGGAGAAUAUGAGUCAGUCACCAUAUGUAUUACGUGAUGCAAGAUUUGGGACCAAGUUGGGCAUUGACCUCAAGCUUGAAGACUCUUUAUGGGCCGGAUUAACAGACAUGCAUUGCAAAACUCCAAUGGGUGUAACGGCAGAAAACUUGGCUGAGAAGUAUGGAAUAACUAGGGAAGAUACAGAUGCUUACGCCAUGCUUACACAGCAAAGAUGGGGAGAAGCUCAGAAAAAUGGAAAGUUUGAUGCUGAGAUGAUUAAAAUGACGGUGAAAACAAAGAAAGGGCCACAGGAACUUUCUGUAGAUGAACACCCAAGACCAACAGUCACUAUGGAACAAUUAGCAAAGCUACCCCCAGUUUUCAAAAAGAAUGGAACUGUUUCGGCUGGAAAUGCCAGCGGAGUGUGUGAUGGAGCUUCUGCUGUGUUGCUUGCCACUGAAGAAGCAUGCCAGAAAUAUAACUUGAAACCACUGGCUCGUCUAGUUUCUUUUGCAUCUGUUGGAUGUGAACCAACAAUAAUGGGCAUAGGUCCAGUUAGUGCUGUUAACAAAGCCCUAGAUGCUUCACAGUUAAAACUUUCAGACAUGGAUCUGUGUGAGGUGAAUGAAGCGUUUGCUCCACAAUUCCUGGCUGUUCAGAAAGAACUUGGUUUAGAUCCAGCAAAAACAAACUUGUGUGGUGGUGCUAUUGCUCUUGGACAUCCGCUUGGUGCUUCAGGAAACAGAAUCACUGCUCAUUUAGCUCACCAGCUAAGUUCUUCGAAAAACCUCAAGUAUGCAGUUGGAUCUGCUUGUAUUGGUGGCGGGCAAGGCAUUGCAUUAAUUCUGCAAAACGUCAACUAAUCCAGGUCUUCCAAAUCCUGUUUGUUUAAUUUAGUAACCUGCCUACGGCGAACCUUACUAAUCUACCAAAGGCAAUCCAGAUUUAUGUUCAGAUUAUGUUUAUUAUAUGAAGUUCAUGAUGUUUUUCGUUUGAAAACAUAAAAUACAAAGAUUGGAAAUAUCGUGA